AUGGGUCUGCCAUUGUUAUUGCCAGUUAUUAUUAUGCUACUGAUUGUAUAUUAUUUCAUUCAAAAAUAUUACCGCCUAACAACAGUGGAGCUGAAACGUCUGGCUUCUCUGAGCCUCUCACCUUUCUACUCACAUUUGGGAGAUACUGUGAAUGGAUUGGCGACCAUCAGAGCUCAACGUUUUGUUGAGAGAUUUGGAAAGAAGUUACGUGAACGUCUGACAGUGAACAUGCGAGCGCAGUUCUCAUCAAUUGCUGCUGGUCAAUGGUUAUCUAUCCGGCUGUCGAUUAUAGCCGUGAGUAUCGUUGCAGCGAUUGCCGUUUCGGCAGUGAUACAGCAUCAAAUCACGGGAGUCGAUUCAGGCCUUGUCGCGUUGGCAAUAACGUACGCGUUAUCGCUGACCAGCCUACUGAACGGACUUUUGGGUUCCUUCAUCGAAACCGAGAAAGAAAUGGUAUCUGUUGAGAGGAUAGAUGACUACCUCACAAAUGUACAAUUGGAAGAUGACAGUGGCGAAGGGGGCGCCUACGAUUUUGCUGGUCGAAUUCAAUUCGAUCAGGUGUCAUUGCGAUAUAAUAGCUAUUUGCCGCUGGCUCUUGAUAAUAUCAACCUCUCAAUAAACGCUGGCGAGAAAGUGGCGAUUGUUGGUAGAACGGGCAGCGGGAAAAGCAGUAUAUUCCAGGCCCUCCUUCGGAUGAUAUCAAUAGAAUCUGGUAAAAUAUUGCUGGAUGGUGUACCAACUUCAUCGAUUCCUCUGCCUGUGUUACGGCGUGCGUUUGGUGUUGUGCCGCAACAUCCAUUUAUAUUCAGGUAUGGCUCAUUAAAUUUGAAAAGUUGCAUUCAAAAUUUUGAGACCAUUCAGAGUUUUUGA